UGGUCAAGCUAAUCCAUUACAUUGACUGCAGCUUCAUCAAUGGCGUCUGAAAUGCACUGCAGCUUUAUCAAAGCCACCAAACUCAAUCAAAUUACAAGCUUAAACGCAGAGAAGAAAAUUUAGCAUAAAAGGCAUAGAAAAGGCUGCAAACACCAUACAAAGACAACUCUCUUCGAAGACCCGGCAAGUAAAGCAAAGCCAUUGAUGAGGAGAGAAAUAGAAAGCAAGAUUUCUCUCUCUCUUCUCAAGAUGUGUGAGAUUGAGAAUUACUAUGAAGAAAAAGAUUUGGUGCGAGGCCGCUGUGGCUGUUCCACGUGGCAUGAUCACACUGGUCUCGACUCUCUUCAAUAUCGCUCUCAUAGUCUCAUGAGCCGACGUCCCGGCGAAUCCGUAUCGUAUGCUUCUCUCUAAAAUAAACCCCUUUGUGUUUCUCUCUCUAUUAGUUCAUUUUUGUUUGGUGGCUCUUCUCUCUCUUUCUCGUAUCUCUCGUUUGUAUCUCUGCAGCUUUGCUUUCAUUCUAUUACCUAAUCCUCCAUCUAACCAUUCACCCACACUGCCACACAGUCUAAUUGGUUUGAUCCACAAAUACAGGUGCAGUUCACUGCAAAUGUUGGCUGCAAUUGUAAUGUGAGACGUUGAAGAAUGAAGGAUAAUAGUUCAACAAGUAGUAAAAUGAUUAACAGAAACUGGGUGCUGAAGCACAAACGGAAAAGACUUCUGUGUGGAUCAGCUAUUUCCAGUGGUAAAGAGGAGAAAUCGGUUGCCUUGGAAUCCCCCAGGUUUUCUUCUGCCAAACGCAGGGUGAACAAUGAAGCAAGUUCUGACUUAUCCUUGUCCAAGAAAAAAGGAAAUGAUGGAUAUUAUUACGAAUGUGUGGUCUGUGAUCGUGGUGGCAGCUUGUUGUGCUGUGAAAGCUGUCCUCAGACCUAUCAUAUUCACUGUCUUGACCCGCCUCUUAAGCGCAUUCCAACGGGGACGUGGAAAUGCCCAAAGUGUUGUCAGAAAAGUGAGCCUUUGAAGGCCCAUUUGGAUUCCAUUUCAAAACGAGCAACAACAAAAACGAUCCCAACAAAAUCUAGAACUGUAAUUCAGUUAUCUGGCAAUGACAAAUCAUCCCGAUCUUUUGGAGGUUCUAUAAUUUCUAAGAAAAGGUCUUCGAGCAAAGGCAAAUCUGUUUUAAUUGAUGGAGUGAAACCCUUAAAAAAGAUGGAGGAUAACUCUCAGAUGGAUGUAUCUUCAAGCACAAACCUUAGUCAUCCAUCGGUUGGUAUGUCAGUUGAGGAAAGUUUGUUAUGUGUUAAUGCGGAUGAUGAAAAGAAGCCUGUUGUUAUUCCACCAAAUUCAUCCUCUGAGAGGAAAUCAAGUUCUCCUGCUUCUGAAGAUCUGUCUCACCACAAACUUGUGGAUCCAGAGCCAAAUGACAAAAUUGAGGAGCAAAAGCCUGAUGUUCCUUGUGCUAAUGGAUCUCUCAGAAGCAAAAUCAUCCUAGGCAUAUGUGCCGCCACUAAUGAAGAUAGAAAAAGAAAAAAAGAAAUCAAUAAGGUGUACUGUAACAAGAAGCAUAGGAUCGACAAGGGAAAACAUCCUGCCAAAACUUCAAAAAACCGUUUUCCCAAAGCCAAUGCUGCAAGUCCUGUAACUAGCAGUUCUCACCAGAAAGGGAAAGCUACUGAUCAUGAGUUUCCUGUAUAUUUGUCAAAGUAUCAUGUUGGAACCAAGGGUAUUGAUGCUCAGGGAAGAGAUGAGGUCGAUCGGGUAUUGGGGUGUCGAGUUCGAGGUGGUAAUGAAGGCUCCAGAAUUCAUGUAACUGUUACUGUUGCAGAUGACCGCCAUUCUGAUGGUUUGUUUCUUUCUGAAAGUCAAAAGAGUCUUACAGAAGAAAAUGUAGCCAGUAAUAUUGAUUUAGAUGUUGAAGUUGGUGAAAACCUUACUGAAGGAUGCCACGAGGCCAUGAAUGAUUAUGACAAAGAAGAAUGCAGAGAGGAUGAUAUCAGAGUGGAUAAUAUUCAUGUAUACAGAAGGUCUAUGAGCAAAGAAUGUAAAGGAGGGAACACCAAGGAUGUCGUGAAUAAUGACGAUAUCGAUUCGAGUUCUAUAGCUCCAAAUGGUGAAGAUAGAGAUGAGGCAGCAGUAAGUAAAAAAGAUUCAGGAAAAAGAAAUGAAAAAACAGCAGAGCAAGGUGGUGUUGUUAGUUUGAGAAGUCAUGAUGCCAAUGAAGCUUCUCAAGUAUGCGAAACUCAUGACUUAGAUAAAAGCGGAGAUAUCAAAGAAGAUAUAGAAAUGAAAACGACGAGUGGUACUGAAAACAAAAUCCAGCAUUUGGCCAUGGCAGAACCUGCCAGUGUAAAUGGAGAGAUUGUAUUGUAUGAAUAUUUGGUAAAGUGGGUUGGAAGGUCCCAUAUUCAUAAUAGUUGGAUUUCUGAAUCCCAACUGAAAGUCCGAGCAAAGAGAAAACUAGAAAAUUACAGGGCAAAGUAUGGAACAGCUGUGAUCAAUCUCUGUGAGGAGAGAUGGAAGCAACCCCAGCGGGUCAUUGCCCUUCGUGCAUCAAGAGAUGGUACAUGUGAAGCUUUUGUAAAAUGGGCUGGUCUUCCUUAUGAUGAAUGCACUUGGGAAAAGUUAGAUGAGCCUGUUAUUCAAAGUUCUCCUCACCUGGUUGAUCUGUUUGUUCAGUUUGAAAGUCAGACAUCGGAGAAAGAUGCUGCCAGGGAUGAUCCUUCGUUGAGGAAGUGUGGAAAUGAUAUUGUUACUCUUGCAGAGCAACCUGAGGAACUAAAAGGAGGUUCAUUGUUUCCCCAUCAGCUUGAAGCACUGAAUUGGUUGCGCAAGUGUUGGCAUAGAUUCAAAAAUGUGAUACUUGCUGAUGAAAUGGGGCUUGGGAAAACAGUAUCUGCUUGCGCUUUCAUUUCAUCUUUGUAUUUUGAGUUUAAAGCACCUCUCCCUUGUUUAGUAUUGGUUCCACUUUCCACAAUGCCAAACUGGCUGGCUGAGUUUUCUCUUUGGGCUCCCAAAAUAAAUGUCGUGGAGUAUCAUGGGUGUGCAAAAGCGAGAGCCAUGAUUCGGCAGUAUGAAUGGCAUGCUAGUGAUCCAAAGGAUCUGAAUAAGAAAACAUUUUCCUAUAAGUUUAAUGUACUUUUGACUACUUAUGAAAUGGUUCUUGCCGAUUCCUCACAUUUGCGUGGAGUUCCUUGGGAAGUUCUUGUGGUUGACGAGGGCCAUCGCCUGAAGAAUUCAGAAAGCAGGUUGUUCAGUUUGCUUAAUUCAUUUUGUUUCCAACAUCGGGUUCUGUUGACUGGUACCCCUCUUCAGAAUAACAUAGGCGAGACGUAUAACCUGCUUAAUUUCUUGCAGCCAGCGUCAUUCCCUUCCCUCUCUUCAUUUGAGCAGAAAUUUAAUGAUCUAACGACUGCAGAAAAGGUGGAGGAGUUGAAGAAACUUGUUGCUCCACAUAUGCUACGAAGGCUCAAAAAGGAUGCCAUGCAGAAUAUUCCCCCAAAGACGGAAAGGAUGGUUCCUGUUGAAUUGUCGUCUAUCCAAGCUGAAUACUACCGUGCAAUGCUAACAAAGAACUAUCAGAUAUUACGAAAUAUUGGGAAAGGGGUGGCACAACAAUCGAUGCUAAACAUUGUGAUGCAGUUAAGAAAAGUUUGUAAUCAUCCGUAUCUGAUACCAGGCACUGAGCCUGAUUCUGGGUCAGUGGAAUUUCUUCAUGAAAUGAGGAUAAAAGCUUCGGCUAAGUUGUCUUUGUUGCAUUCCAUGCUUAAGGUGUUAUACAAGGAAGGUCAUAGAGUUCUUAUUUUUUCACAGAUGACCAAGCUUCUUGAUAUCCUUGAGGAUUAUUUGAAUAUAGAAUUUGGGCCAAAAAUGUAUGAGAGAGUGGAUGGCUCUGUAUCAGUGGCUGAUCGUCAGACAGCAAUUGCGCGCUUCAACCAAGAUAAAAGUCGAUUUGUCUUUUUGUUAUCUACACGUUCAUGUGGCCUCGGUAUCAAUUUGGCAACAGCUGACACUGUGAUCAUAUAUGAUUCUGAUUUUAACCCUCAUACUGAUAUCCAGGCAAUGAAUCGAGCGCAUCGAAUUGGACAAUCAAAUAGGCUUCUGGUAUAUAGGCUUGUAGUUCGUGCCAGUGUCGAAGAGCGCAUUUUGCAGCUUGCAAGGAAGAAACUGAUGCUUGAUCAGCUUUUUGUGAACAAGUCUGAAUCUCAGAAGGAAGUGGAAGAUAUAUUACGAUGGGGAACGGAAGAACUUUUCCGUGAUUCUUCUAGCAUGGGUGGAAAAGAUAAUGGUGAAAACAAUUGUAACAAAGAUGAGGCCAUAACUGAUAUAGAACUCAAGCAUAGAAAGAGGGGUGGAGGCCUUGGAGAUGUAUAUAAGGAUAAAUGUACUGAUGGAACCAACAAACUAGUGUGGGAUGAAAAUGCAAUUUUGAGAUUGCUUGACCGUUCAAACCUUCAGUCCGGAGCAAAUGAUGGUGGUGAAGUGCAGCUGGAGAAUGAUAUGCUUGGCUCUGUGAAGUCUUUGGAGUGGAAUGAUGAAACAACAGAAGAGCAAGGAGGUGCUGAAUCACCAACUGUUGUAGCUGAUGACAUCUCUGUCAAAGAUUCUGAAAGGAAAGAGGACAAUUUGGUUACUGUAACUGAAGAAAAUGAAUGGGACAGACUUUUGCGAUUGAGAUGGGAGAAGUAUCAAAGCGAGGAGGAAGCAGCUCUUGGUCGAGGGAAGCGUCAGAGAAAAGCUGUUUCAUAUAGGGAAGCGUAUGCUGCGCACCCAAAUGAAACGUUGAGUGAGCCAAGCGGUGGUGAGGAGGAAAGAGAGCCAGAGCCCACACGGGAAUAUACACCUGCCGGACGAGCUCUAAAAGAAAAAUUCUCGAAGCUCCGUGCCAGGCAAAAAGAGCGCCUUGCUCGAAGGAAUGCAACUGACAACACUGUUCUUAAUGAGGGUGUCGCUGUACCCAAAUCACUUCUUGAAUGCCCUUCCUCCAAUUGCAAAUAUGGGGAUCUAGCUGCUGAAUCUGCUCAGGAUAGGGAGAAAGCUUCAGUGGUUGACAUGGAGCAUGGCAAACCUAAGCAGCCAUUAGAUACUCUGAAUAUCAAAGAUGAUUCAAACUUUAGGCUUGGAAAACUGUCAAAGAGCAAAAUGGGCAACCACUUGGAUCUUCCUGUUAAUUCUCUUGGUCACAUGUCUCCUGACAACCUCCUCCUUAGUUACCAUCAUCAGGGCCGAGUCUACACACAUUCACUUCCUCCUAGCAACUUGUUACCAGUACUUGGUCUAUGCGCUCCAAAUGCUCCUCAGUUAGAGUCUUCUCAUAGAAACUUUUUACGAAUGAACGGCAGGCAAAGCAGGCCAGCAACUGGACCGGAUUUCCCAUUCAGUCUAGCUCCUUGCGGUGGAUCUUCAUUAGAGCCAGAAGUGAAGAAGCAUGAGGCUACACUAGACAAGCUAAAAUUUCAGGAUUCGUCGGCAGAAGCGAUGCAACGACUUCGAAGUAGCAUUACAGAUAGUUGGCACCCACUUAGUCCGUAUCCUCCAGCUAUCUCACAAGGAAAAGAGCCAGAUCGUUCAGAAAGUUCGGGUUCAAAAUUUGCUGCUUUUCAGGAAAAGAUGUCAUUUCCAAACUUACCUCUUGAUGAUACAUUGCUUCCCAUAUUUCCGCUAGGUGGUAAAAGAAUUCCAAUUGCACCUCAUGACUUAUUGCCUAAUCUAUCAUUAGGCAGCAGACCUGGAGCUGCCAGUGACACUAUACACGACCUUCCAACAAUGCCAUUACUGCCCAACUUGAAAUUUCCUCCUCAAGAUACUUGGUAUAAUCAGCGUGAGAGGGAAGUGCCUCCUCCAUUAGGUCUGAGUCAGAUGCCAACGACUUUUCCACCAUUUCCUGAAAAUCAUAGGAGGGUGCUGGAAAACAUAAUGAUGAGGACAGGGUCUGGAUCUAGCAACUUGCACUGGAAGAAAUCAAAAUCAGAUGGUUGGUCUGAAGAUGAACUUGAUUUCCUCUGGGUUGGCGUUCGCAGACAUGGGCGGGGAAAUUGGGAUGUCAUGCUUAGAGACCCUAGGUUAAAAUUCUCCAAGUACAAAGCUUCAGAAGAUUUGGCAGCUCAGUGGGAGGAGGAACAACUAAAGAUCUUAGAAGGGCCAUCUCUUCCAACACCAAGAUCGAUGAAGGCAACAAAAUCUACCAAAUCUUCCUUGUUUCCUAGCAUUCCCAUUGGAAUGAUGGCACGGGCAUUGCAAGGAAGUAAAUUUUUUCGCCCACCUAAGCUUCAGCCUCAUUUGACAGACAUGAAAUUGGGUUUUGGUGAUCUGUCUUCGAGCUUGCCGCGUUUUGAGCAGUUCGAUCUGCAUGGUUCUCAAAAUGAGCAUUUUGGACAUAUUCCAACUUGGGAUGCAGACAAAUUCCAGGUGACCUUUGCUGGAGAUUCCUCAGUUGCACCUUCUGAUGGGCGUGGGACUUCUUCAAAUGUCCCCGCCGAGAAGCCAUCCCUGCUUAAUUUGUUUGGAGCUGCCAGCCUGGGCUCUCUAGGUCUGAAUAAAUCUAGCUCUCCUGAUUCACUAAGAAAGGAGGAUGAACUUGGUGCCAUGAAGCACCGUAAGUUGCCAAGUCUCUUGGAUAGAUCAUUGAAUACUUUGCGUGGUUCUCUCAAUAAUGCAGCAAAUGAUGAGUCCACCAGCUCAGAGCUGCUCUUUGACCCAGAUAAAGUGCUGAAUCUUUCCCAUUUGAAAGGGAAGGAAAUAGUUGGAAGUAAUUCGAAGAACAAACUGCCCCAUUGGCUUCAGGAAGCCGUGAGUGCUCCUGAUAAACCACCAGAUCCAACUCUGCCACCUACGGUAUCAGCAAUCGCUCAAUCAGUUCAUAUAUUGUAUGGAGAAGAUAAGCAUACCAUACCGCCAUUUGUAAUACCAGGCCCCCCUCCUUGCCUACCAGAGGAUCCGAGAAGGAUCCUAAGAAGGAAAAGGAAGCGCAGGUCAAAAAUUUCUGGGCUUACCCCUCCAGAAAAGGUCCAAGGCGGUCAGAACUCUCAAACCAACCCACUUGGCACUGAGAAUGCUUCAACCUCUAUCCCAUUGGCACCACCUUUUAGUCCUCCUCCACAAGCAGUGGCUGGAACUUCAGGGCUUCCAUGGUUGAAAUCAGACCUAAAUUUAACUGUUCCCAGUUUAGAUGUCACAAAUGCAUCUUCGUCCUCAGCUUAUUCAAAUCUGCAGAAGAAAGCAAGCAAAGGAUUGACCCCAUCUCCUCAAGUGCUUCAAUUGGUGGCAUCCUGUGUUGCCCCUGGCCCUAGUUUUCCAUCUGUUUCUUGUGUAACUAGUUCAGGAUUCCUCGAGAGCAAUCUAUCAUUGCCAAAAUCUGUAGACCAAGUUGGAUUUUGUGACACACACAGUGCACUGGAGAUAAAUAAGGAUAAUCGAAGUUUGCCUGUUGAUGAAGAGGGUCUGGCUCCAGAGGUGAGAGCAGACCAGCCUGAUCCCGGGGAAUCAAGCAAGACUCGGUCUGAUCCACUUGAGAAUGAAAAGCCUGACAUGGGGGAAAUUUCAUCGGAGGGUACAGUUUCUGAUCAACCUGUAAGUGACCAUGAAACAUAGCUCAAGUAUGGAGCGAAAAUACCAGAUCUUAUUCUUUCCUGAUACCAGAAUUCAGAUUUUUCAGCGAUAUGAGCGAAGUUUUGUAGGCACAAGUCAGAGAGUGAUAAAUUAGCUUCUGUAUAAAUCAUAGGACAGAUUUUCUGUAUGUAAAGAAACUGUAAAAGAAAAUGAAAAUAUAAUGAUGUUGUCUGUUUGUCUUCGCUUCUUAUGGUGUCUGUAAUUGUAGAGAGUUGCUAGUUUCAUUGUAGAAGUUAUGGUGACUUUGUGAUAAUGAACUAAUAUCAACCGUAUUUUUGCUCAUAGAGACAAAUGAAGUACGUACUGAUGA